CUUCCUUGAGGCUUGACUUUGCGCCGCCUGCAAAUUUUCUUCAGGCCUUUGACUAAAGCAAACGUGGUGCUCGAUAUCUGCCUUCCUCCCUCACCCCCGAAAAUUGCCCAUUGAUGUCGUCCGGUCCACCAUCUUGGCUCUUCUCAAACAACACCGUCCGAACAACAGAAGCGCCCACAUCCUCUUCCUCCCUACCUCCCACCACAACCACAUCCACAUCCGCCAUGGCUGGCAAAUCAAAGGACAAGUCCGCCGACAAGAAGAAGGCCACCAAGCCCAGCAAGAAGGCACAGAAGGAGGCCACCCCCGCCCCGCCCGCCCAGCUGCUGGACCUCGUCGAAGGCUUCCUGUCCUCCAACCAGUUCGACGACGCCCACGCCGCCUUCAAGCAGCAGCGGACCAAGAACGGCUGGGCCAGCCCCUCCAAGGGUGCUCAGCCCGAGGGGCAGACCCUCGUCGCCGUCUACGAGACCUGGAACAAGUCCCGCAGUGCCUCUGCAGCCGCCAGCAACGACGACUCGAGUUCAUCCGACAGCGACAGCUCCAGCGACGACGACGACAGCGAUGUGAAGAUGGAGGAUGCUGCCGCGGCUGCCGAGGAACCGGACAGCUCUGACAGCUCCUCCAGUUCGAGCUCUGAGAGCGACAGCGACAGCGACAGCGACAGCGAGGGUGAGGACGAGGGGAAGAAGGUCAAGAAGGAGAAGAAGCCUGCGGUCAAGAGCGAGCCGUCCGACUCAUCCUCCUCCUCGAGCGACUCCGACUCGUCGUCCGACUCCUCUAGCGAUUCUGACGAAGACGAAGCUGCGGCGAAGCCUGGUCUCGGGACAGCCGCCGCUGCCACCAACCCACUGAAGCGGAAGGCCCCCGCCAAGAGCGAGUCCUCCGAUUCUUCCGACUCGGACUCCAGUUCCUCCUCGGACGACUCCGACUCUGAUUCCUCCAGCUCGGAGGAUGAGAAGCCAAAGGCCAAGAAGCAGAAGGUGGAGGAGAGCAGUAGCGACAGCUCCGACUCGGAUUCGGAAUCUAGCUCGGACUCAUCCUCCGACUCGGGCAGCGACAGCGACUCCGACUCGGACGAUGAAUCCGAGACGCUCAAGAAGGCGGCCAACACCAAGCUCCCCGAAUCCGGCUCCUCCUCCUCCUCCUCCUCAGACUCCGACUCCGCCUCCGACUCGGACGCGAAGAAGCCCGCCGCCAAGCCCGUCACGAACGAGUCCGACUCCUCCGUCACCUUGGGCAAGACCUCCCCGGAGGUCUUCCCGCCCCUGCCCCCGAACCCCGUCAAGGCCAACAACCGCGGCAAGAAGGACGGCUCCGCGGCCCCGGCCAGGAAGGUCCCCAACGAGCCCUUCUCGCGCAUCCGCAAGGACAUCAAGGUCGAGGACAAGUUCAAGUCCAACGCCUUCACCGACAACGCCCACGACUGGGGCCGCAAGGCCCACGAGGACCUCAUCGUCACCCGCGGCAAGGGCUUCACUAAGGAGAAGAACAAGAAGAAGAGGGGCAGCUACCGCGGCGGCUUCAUCGACGUCAACGCCUACCAGGGCAUCAAGUUCGAGGACUAAGCGAGCCUUUUGGUGCACAACUUUUGAGGACGCCUUCUGUCGGCGCUACAUAUACCUGUGGGGGUGGGCCAAUAGACAGGGAAUUGGCUCACAUCCGCUGGGACAGCCGACCAAGACUGACUGGCCGGAUGGCUUGGCGGGUUUUGUGCAUCUGGGCAGAGGCACGGGGAAAAGUGACGCGUGGCAAGGCAGGGUCAAGCACAGUGGGACGCCGUACGAUCACCAUUGUCCAAGCCGAGGAGACUGCACUUUUCCAACGGCCAUCGUUGCCCCUCACUCUCACCCCCCUCAAGAAGGGUCCUUGCCUGGUGGCCCGACCCUGGUCACAGAUCCAUGGUUGGCAAUGAUGAUGGCCAGCCACCAACCACAAGGAGUGGUCCCAGACGCAGAUUUAUUUAUUCCCAUCGUCCUCCCCCCGUUAGCUCCCGCAAAAUAACUCACACGUGCAACUCCCAGGCGGGGCGCUGACCUGUGCGGGAUGAGCUGGAGGAAACCUGAAGCAUUUCGUGCGGCGUUGAUGAAUAUGGUGGGGAAAAUACACUUGAUUCGAGUUUGGCUUCGGAUGAAGCCGUUGACUAUCUACGAGAUACCUUCUUUUUUUUUUUUUUUGUGGAAGAAUCGUAUCCCUCGCGUUAGGUAGAUCUGUGUCUUCCUUGGUCUGGGUGUGUGGCGCGUUGGGUGGAGGAUCAUAGACAAAUAAUACCAGCAAAUAUUCGCACAAUUUC